AUGCGAUUUAGUGACUUUAUUAUACAUCAAUACCCACAAAAAAAUUGUUUUAGCUCUACAACAGCACACUCAGUUGCAAUCGAAUUCGGAUCAUAUAUAGUCAGGGUUAUCAAGUUUGUAGUGGAACAGAACCGAGCAUAUCAUUACUCCCCUAUACCUAGUCGAAUAGCGAUACGGUUUUGUAAGUAUCAUAUAUGAUUCAUAUAGUGGCGGCGCCAAGGGUGGGCUGGGGUGGGCUGAGCCCACCCUGG